AUGGGUCAAGGAAGUGUUGGAGGGGCUUUCGCGGGUUCUGUUGGGGGUCUUGGGGCUUCUUGUCGGGUGCCUGUUGCCUCUGGUGGUAGAGGGCCGCUUAACCCAGAAGAGCCGGCGAAAUACAUCAACGAGCUUCCGAAACUGACUCAGACGGACUUGUCAAAAUCAGCUGUUGUGUGCGGGAAUUGGGUCGCUCAGAUUCGGCAGAUCCUUGUGGGGUUGUCUCCUAACGCAAGUACGUGGUGGCUUGGUGUGGAGGGUCCUGCAAAUGAAGCAUAUCAAAAGUGGUUGGUGGCUGACCCACUGGGGAGGUUGGCGAUUGAUCCCUCGAUGGUAAAGGGAACCUUCGAUGCAUACGCGUUUAGCCGGGUAGAAAGUCGGGCUGUAAGCUUGCUACUUUCUGCUGUUCCACAGGGGGUUAGGGCAAAGGGUGUUACUGAAGAGUCAGCGAGUGCAGCUUCGAUUUCUCAGACACCGCAGCCAAAGGCUGCUGCCACUUCGAGUGCAACGGUGCAGCAGGAGUUGCUGGCAGAAGCUCAGAAGUUACUUAAGGGCGUAACCUUGAAGGCUGCUAGGGUUCAGGAUGGUGGUGAUCUUGCAAUUGAUAGGGCCUGGCUUCUGUCGGCUAUGGCUAGUGCGUCGGAUCCUGAUUUUGCGCUUGUGGACAGUGGAGCCACAAAUGGGUUAAGGCAAGCGGAGCCGGGCGAAUGGGAGCGUACUAGGGCCAUUCAGGUUGAUUUAGCUUCCGGAGUUGCGGAGCUUCACAUUGAUGAGAGGGGGACUCUCUUGAGCCAGGCUCCCUGCCAGGUCAUAGUCCCUGCCGGUUACUUAAUUGAACUGGGUUAUGUUGUGAGCUGGAAGAAGAAGGGCUGCUUGAUUACUCAUCCUAGGGAUGGUAGGCUUCGGGUACAGGUAGUUAAGGGAUGCCCACUGAUUCCGAGGGAUGAUGGCUUGAGAUUGCUGCGGGAGUAUGAGGGUCUUAAGGAUAAAGGAAAUUCCCCCCAACGGGCGGCGGUUUGUCGGGAGAGUGAGAUUGUUGAUCCUGCGAAUGCACGGGCUUGGUUAUGCAAAAUUCUUCGCUCCAGGGGCGAACAGGGUCCGUCUAUUGAGGAGCAGGAGUGUUUUCUCAGGGGGAUGUUUCCCGAACUGCCGGAUAAUUGUGUUCGGAGGGUAGUUUGUCCGGUGUUGGACCCUGGAGAUGUUGAUCACUCGUCUCACCCUUGGAAUCGGCGCUUUCGUCGGUCUGUUGCGCGUUCGAAGCCUGGCGGUAUCUUGCUUCAUAUGUUUGCCAACAAGAAAUCCUGGAAGGGUUUCGACCGGGUGAUUAGCCUCGGUAAGGAUUACCAGUCGGACAUCCUGAGUGACCCGGUGUUUAAGUAUGUGAUGUCGUGGGCCAGUUCAGGGAAGAUUGGUGGUUUGGUUGGAUCAUUGCCGAGAGAGUCGGUCUGGCCUGGCGGUCAAUCUUCUGGUCCCCAGGAACUUUUGAGGGGUAGGUAUGGCGAUCGUUGGGGUUUUGAGGGCUUAACCGGAGAGCAGUCUAGGGUUGUAUGCGAUGAAACGGUUCAGUGGUUCCGAUUCUUUCUGGUAUUUGCGGUAGCACAAGCGGUUAAGGAUGCUGAGAGCGCUCCGAUGAGCUGUCCUGUAGCGGAAAGGGGGGAGGAGGAGGUCCCUCCACCUGGGGUCGAGGAUCCCAAGGAUUUAGCUUUGUGGGCAUUACGGGUUGCGUCUAAGAGGAUUAGUGCUGCUGCCAUUAAGAAAGACAACGAGGGGAAUCGAUCCACUGUAUUCUUGACCUUUGAGCAUCCUUUUGAUUUCACGGAAGGUUCCGGCAUUGGUCGGACGGAGCUCGCUGGGUAUCCUUCUAUGUGGGCAUUUAGGGAGGUUCAAGAUCUCGUUGGGGUGUACGGGUUGCACAUCGCAUCAUUUGAUCAGGGAUUGCUUGGUGGCCGUAAUGGGGAGCUGACAACGAUUGCUACCUCUUCGUGGUUUCUGUAUGAGGGACUUCAUGGAGUUGGUAUAGAUUUGAAGGGUGAUCCUAGUGGGGAGUUGAGGCCUUGCAUUGAGUAUUUCGGGUGGUCCAUUGGGUUUCUAGCGCGCGUACAAGGGGCUUGGUUGGAUUGGUGUGCUGGGAAGGAAAGUGAAGCUGUCGUAGCUGAGCGGAAGGUUUGGCUAGCUAAGCUUUCUGAGAAAGAACUACUUCAGCAGCACGCUGAUAACGAUCAUGUUCCGUUUCUUCGGGGUUGCCCCGUGUGUAUAGCUGCACAGGGUAGGCAGAGAAGCCAUUGGAGGGCCGAGGUAACUAGCCUGUAUUCUCUUAGCUGUGACUUAGCUGGGCCGUUUAAGGACGGGAUGAGUUUUGAUGCUACAGCUUCUGGUAGAGAUAAGGGCAAAGGGUAUAAGUACUUCUUGAGUGCUGCGUAUUCGGUGCCGGUGAAACCGGUGUAUCUUCGGCCAACGGGGGUCGAAGAGCCUCGCCCAGAGGGGGCGGAGGAUCUCGAUUACUCUCCUUCUGAAGCUGAGGGUCCGGAGGGUCAGGCUUCAGGUGUAAGCGGGUUGGAUGCUUCGCUUAUUGUAGAAUCGGGGGAGUCUGAUCUGUUUGACGCUUCGGGGGGUUUGGGCCUGAAGGCAUUGUUUCGCAGAGUCCGGGAGAAAACUUUUCCUGCUGUUGAUCCCCUGGAUUCGAGUACUUCCUUUGCGCAUCAGCGAGUCGCUGAGACAGGGCCUGAAUCCCCGGGUGAUAAGGGUCAGUCUUCGGUUGAUGGUGUAAGGGUUGAGACAAAGACUUUGUUUCUUGGGGUCCCGUUAAGAUCCAAACAUGGUCCUGCUGUUAUGGCACAGAUUCAGGCCCUUGUGUGUCGUCUUGAAAGCGCAGGGUUUCCGGUUCAUCGCUACUUUAGUGAUAGGGCUAAGGAGCUGAGGAGCCAUGAUUUGGUACGUUGGUUGCGCGAUAAGGGGAUUUACGCCUCCUUCACGGCUGGGGAAGAUCCUCAAGGUAACAAAGCGGAGUUAGGGGUGCAACAUUUGAAGCAAGGGGUCAGGAAGCUCCUGCAAGCUUCGGGUUUGAGUAGCUCCUUUUGGCCGCUAGCGCUACUGCACACUUCUAAUCGUAACUUCCACGAACUUUGUGCAGCUUUGGGUCAACCACGGCCUGCUAUGCUGAACUUUGGUGCACCUGUUGAGGCCAGAAAACGCCUUAAAUCGGGGCACAAGAAACAUUGGGAGCCGCGUACGGUUCCUGGUCGUUAUUUGGGACAGGCUCCGGAUUGUACGGGUGGACAUCUAGUUCUAGUUGGCAAAAAUUUGUCGGACCAGAAGGUUCUCCUAACCAACACGAUUUAUCCAUUGCGUCCCGAGCCUGCGCCCCCUAAACCCAAGUAUCGACUUUCGGGUAAGCGCUCGCCCGGUUUCGCAACUCGAGCUGUAGCUGCUGUGGCCAGUCUCUGGCCUUCCCGAAGACCUCGUGCAUCCAGGUUGUCACCUGGGGGGGAGUCCUUUGAGUGUUCGGAUGGAGUCCUGGGUUUUUCGAGUGAAGGCGCGGGUUCUUCCUUGCUGAGUUUGGGGGCUUCGACACCAAAGGAUUCUUCUCGGGACGUAGAGCUUGGAGAAUGGGUCGAGGUUGAUUCGGAUUUCGAAGCUGAGCAGGCGAUGUGCCUGGAUAUUCUUGAUGAAGAGGAUCCUAGGGGCUUAGAUGUUGGGUUGAAGGCGGUAGCCGAGGAACAGAAGGAGUGGUUGAAAGAGUUGAUUGCUUCCGGCUCCUACAGUACUGAUGAGGUUGUAAGGGUUUUAAGAACUUGUGCAGGCAACCUGCAACCGGCGAAUCGGAAGAUUAUGGGAGGAAAGGGUAGGUAUGCUAUUCUUGGCCUGUAUAAUCAAGGGGGUUUCAACGGUGUAACCCGGUUUGCCCUUGAUAACCAGGAAUUGGUGAGGUACUUGAAUAGGUAUGUUGAUUCGUUCGGCAUGGGUGGAAGGUAUACGACGCUGUACUUGUCAUUGAAUACUGGAGUACCAGUGCACCGGGAUAUCAGGAAUGAUAUGACGGCCCCGGUUUGGAUUGUAGCCUGCGGUGACUUUCAGGGUGGUGGCCUAUGGAUAGAGGGCGAAGCCGGUCAAGGUCCCGUGUUAAAGGUUCUUCCGAAUGGGGAGACGCGGUGUGGGUGGAUUCAGGACAUUCACGAUAAACCUUUUGUUUUUGAGGGUUCCAGGUGGCACUGUACUGAGCCUUGGAGCGGUAGGGACCGGUGGGUGAUCGCAGCCUACGUUCCUCGGGGAGCUGGAAGGGUGAUCAAGGAUCAUGCCCAACAACUUGAAAGCCUAGGGUUCAAUUGUGAUGGUUUGAUUCCUGGGAUUGGGAAUUCAGGGAUCUCGAUUUCGAAGUGUAACCAGGCGUCGGUAUCGUUUGCCGAUGAUGAUGCCCUUAGCGUUGAGGGUUCCUGUGUUGAUGACGAGUAUCAAACUUCUGAGAAUGACAUUUCUUGGGAGAUUGAUUUUCCGUGUGAAGUGCUUGAGGGUGAUUGGUAUCCAAAUGUCGUUCAAGCUCAUGCUGAGACCGCACGCUUGCGCAGGGUCCUAUCACAAGAGCUGGGCGGAUGUUGGGAUUCGUUCUGCUUUGAUGGAUUGUUCGGGCAGCUGAGAGCGGCUGAGAAUCAAAGGGAUUGGUAUGAAGGGCUUCUCUGGGAUGAUGAUGAGCCGUUACCGGCUUCAGAGGUGUUCCUUCAAACUAGGACGGUCUCUAUGACGGAAGCUAGGCGGGAACUUCCGUUGUGGAUUCCACCGGCGCAGGAGGAAGUUACGUCUCUUGAGGAUGUCCAUGAAGCAGUCAUUAGAAUACAAGUUCCGGAUAUCGAGGCCCUUGUUAAGACUGGUCAUCGGGUUGUUCAGGUUCCGGGGAAGGCCGUGCUUACGCGGAAGUCCGGUGUAGGUAAACGUCGGUUUCGAUGCGUGGCAUGUGGGAACUUUAUCCCUCAAAAUGAGAACGCCCAGAGCCUCUACACCACUGGAGUUGAGGGUGUGACUUUAAGGGUAGCACUUGCUUAUGCUGCACAUAUGUCUUGGGUUGGCCGGACCGCCGACAUUAAGACUGCAUUCCUGAAUGCCCCCUUAGAGGAAGGCUACGAUAAUGGGACAGAGGAGAUUGUAGUUGUACGCCCUCCUCACAUUCUUGUGGAAAUGGGACUCCUUGGUGUCACUGAUCGGUGGCGGGUAGUUAAGGCCCUUUACGGUCUAAGACAGGCUCCGAAGGCUUGGGCUGUGCACCGGGAUAAGAUUUUAAAGGCUUUUGAGUUCGUGUACAAGGGUUCGCGCUUUGUCCUGAAGCAAGCGAUUGCUGAUGAGUCGUUAUGGUACAUUAUAAAGGCGGACAUCUCGGAUGCUAACAACUAUGCCCUGAUGGUCGUGUACGUCGACGACAUCUUGGGAUUGGGACCAAGGGACCUUUUGGUAUCGCUCUUCGAAGCCAUUAAGAAUAUUUGGACGAUUUCUGAACCAGAGUGGAUUGUCAAGGAGAAAUCUGUAAAGUUCUGCGGCAUUGAGUUGUGGGCACUUGAUGACGGCUUCCGUAUGUCUCAGUCGGAUUACUUGAGGGAGCUAUUCGCGAGGUAUAACAUUUCCACUGGUGCGAGCUGUCCUAUGUCAUCCUGGAGCGAACCGGAACCCGAGGUAGAUGCAACAACAGAUCUGAUCAAGGAAGCCCAAGGGGUCACAGGUGCACUCCUAUGGGCUGCUUCGAAAAGCAGACCGGACAUCAGCUACUCUGUCUGUAAGCUUGGGCAGUACGCAACAAAAUCGCCGGGUAUCGUCGUCAAGGCUGGUAUGCAAAUCCUUAAGUAUCUCUUUGACACUGUAGAGCUGGGCAUUGAAUACAAGCGAACAGCAGGCACAGCUUGGUUGGACACACCAAUCCCGAGAACGGUUGGUACGGUAGAGGUGUUCACUGAUGCUUCACACGCGCCGGAGGGGGCUAGAAGCCACCAGGCGAUUAUAGUGAUGUGGCUUGGCAGUCUUAUCGCUUGGGAUUCAUCCAGACAACCUUUCACAACACUGUCCAGUGCAGAGAGCGAGCUGGUGGCCAUAAUAUCUGGGGUGUGCGCCGCGGAAUCAGUCGGGGCUAUCUUGGAGGAAUUAGUCGCUGAAGACCUUGUGGUAUCGGCGAUGUCCGACAAUCAAGCAUCAAUCCGAAGCUUCGCUGCUGGAAGCCAUGGCUGGCGUAACCGCCACUUAAGAAUGCGCGCGGCCUCGUGCCGCGAAAGAAUCGAAUCUGGUAGUCUAAUUGUCUCCUUUGUACCUGGAGAGCGGCAGCUGGCCGACUUAAGCACCAAACCGCUAGCAAGACCAAGAAUUAUGUACCUACUAAAUCUGCUUUCAAUCCGUGCGAGGUCGCAGGAUCAGGAGGUUGAUAAUCACGGACGGGUGUUGAGUAGGCUCUGGUUGACUUCGCAGCUUAAACCGGUGGGUUCAGCCCACAUGUUGGCGGGGUUAGCGUUGCUUGCAGCCAUACCGGAAGUGAGAGCGCAGCCUAGUGGAGAUGCGGCUUUGGAGUACUAUGGAUGGUUUAGCUGGUUGAUUAUGUGGAUACUUACCGGGGUCGGUUUAGCUUUAGCUUGGUGGUUUGUGUUUCGCAACGCGGAUGCGGACAAUCUUGAGGAGCAACCGCUUGAAGCAUCCCAAGAGUCUGGCGUGCAUGAGCUUGCUGGUCAGGGUGAUCACGGGUUGUUUGGUUCGGAUGCGGUUGCGGGUUUAGGAUCGGGUUCUCAGGUUGGGGGGAGCAGCUCUAGUAAUGAUCCAGCCGGGUUGAUGCCACAGACGGUUGGCGCUGGGGUUGAUUUUGCGACUUCUCUGACUGGGGGGAGUUUCUCUAGUCUUGAUCCAGCUGGGCUGCUGCAUCAGCAUGCUGCCGAAGCGCUUUUAAAUCAAAGUGAACCAGCUGAGCCAAGUUUAGAUUAUGAGGAUCUGGUCCAAGGGGACGAGGAACCGGUGUUUCCCCUGGCCCUGGUAGGAGGGUAUCUAGUUCGGCAUUUCUUGGUACAGCUGUUGUCGGUAGAAGGGGAAAGGGUUUUGAUGUUCCUUGGGGAUAGGUCUGAGUCUGGGUUUAGGCUUCGGUUGACCUCUACUCAAGUUAGGUUUGGAGUAGCCGGUUCACUGGUUGAGAUUCUUAGGCAAGGACCUUGGGCAUUGGUUUUUAAUGGGCCUCAGUGGCUACUUGCCACAGAGGAAUACAUCCGACGGGGGUGUGUUGAUCCGGGCUUUGAAGAACCAUUCGGAGCAUCUCUGUCAAAUGUGGCACAAUCAUCUCAUGAGGUUCCCGUCAGUGGUGAGCUUACUGAGUUCCCCUAUGUCAUUUGGGCUCCUUCUGACUUUGUUCAUUACCUGAGACGAUUGCUGGCUUUGAACGGCGCCACAUUGUUGAGCUUGCUUGGUAACCAGUCGGUCGAAUGGGUGCGGCUGAGGACCGUGUCGAGAUCCUUUCAAUCUGGGGUCGUGCUUGCUUUAGUGGUAUGGCUUCAGGGUCGAGGGAUGAUUAGCCGAAUGCUUGACGGUCCAGUGUCCUAUGACGUAGCCACCGCUUACAUUACUGGGCGCAUUGCGCCAGAUUCCGAGAGCGAAGAUGAAGCAUUGGAUGAUUAUCCGCAUCGCGAUCCCGCCUACCAACAGCAUCCUCCGGUGCCAGUGUUUGCUCAGAUGUUUCAAGAAGCUUUUGAGGAAGCUACUUCGUCUGAUGCGAGUGUGACUUCUACUACCGAGCCAUCGGUUUGGAGUGCGAGUUCUAGUGAAGUUGAGGAGCUUGGGCAAGUCGAGGAAGUCGCUGAUAGCUUGAGUCCUUCUGCUGAGGCUGUAGCUGGGGUCCGAUACGAAGCUGAAGACGGGAAGCUUUUGGUUUACUAUGUCGAUGAUGUAUUAGUUGUUCCUCUGCCGGGGUGGAGCCUCGCGCAGGUUCUGGUGGUAGUUCAAGGGCUACGCACAGGCGUUUGGGAUAACUUUCAAGAGGCCUUGGAGGCUGUUUCAGGUGACGGGGCAGAAGCUCCUGGGUCUUAA